UCGUAGAAUCGCCGUGUUUUACUUUAUUUUCUGUUACCGAUAGGGGCUUCAAAUUGAACUAUUUUUCCGCGUAUAAAUCCAUAUGCACCAUGUUAGAGAGGGCACUACUACGCUGUUCGAAACCGGAUACAUCAGUUUUUAUGUGUUCGGGUGGCGGGUCCAGAGAAUCGAUUCAAGUGAUUUCCUAUAAGUGAUUUGCUGUAAUUCGUUCGUUAGUUUCCAACAUUGGUCCUGUUAUUAACCUUCGUUGUUUAAAUGUUGAUUUACUCUCGUAGCUUUCUUCUCUUUGCGUUCUAUUCUGUUAUUGCUAUCUACUUUCUUCCCUCUCUUUCUCUUUGUACUAUUAAAUGUUGCAACCAUCCCACAUAUCCAUCUUACGUCCUUUUGCUACCCUGCUCCUCUUUCUUCUCCGUGUUUUUAAAGUGUCUUGUGCUAUGAUACGUACUACGGUCUUAUAUUAGAGGCAUGCAGGUAGCACAAGACUGAUAUCGUUGUGCGCAACGGUAAUCCAUCACCACAGGACUUUGUGCGGGUUUUGUAGAAAAAAAGAAGCCUAACAGCUCUCUCAGACUCCUACACGUCCUUCGGACGUAUCGGUUUUAAAGCGAUUUUGUACACCAGGGACAUUGAAAGGCAUUUUAAAGGUUGUGCAACAGAAUAUAGUGACCAAUUGCGGAAGCAAGAUACAGCAGGAUAUAGCGAAACGUAAACGGGCGAUGGGUCUGGGGAAGUUGAGGAAAUCCCAUCGGCCCAUUGGAGCAAGAACAGAAGUAGAAGACAAAAACGUUGAACUGUACCCCGAGUUGUAUGCUAAUCGAACUACAAAGCGUGUGUUGUGAGUGUGCGUGUGUGUAUGUGUGAUCGUUCCUUCGUUAUUUUGGUUCGCGUUCCUUCGCUUGCUGCAUGUAGAUGAGAUUUGUUGUUAGCAAUCGAAACGAUGUAAUCGUGUAAACUGCUCCAGGAGAAGAUCAGCGGUGAUCAAUCAGAGAAAAAGAGGAAAAAGAAUGAAAUGAGUUAAAUGAAUUGUGAAUUUCGUUUUCGUUUGCAUUGCACCUGAGAAUAGAGAGAAAGGUAUACUUGCACGUUCGAUGUAGCUGGUAAUCGAUCAAACGAUCGAUCGACCUGUUCGGCCAAAGGUUUUCUAUCUUUCAGACACAAUCAAAUUCUUCCUCUGUGUGGUGGUAACAUACUGCAAUGUUCUUUUUGGUACACUCGUGAUGCGCCUAACAAGUUCGCUAAAGAACGGUUGUCCAGUAACAGUGUUUUAUGCGCAUCCGAAAGGUUAGUAACGUGUACGUGUAUCCUUCGUGCUUGCCGUGAUGUUUUACGAUGGUUUUAUGUGUGCGUGUGUGAUACGGGUUAUAUUAAAUCAAUUUAUGGGUUUAUUAUGUUCUAUCUCUUAAAGCGGCGAUAGAAAUGCCUUUAGGUAAAAAUUGUUAGACGUUCUUGUAGCCUCUUCUACUCGCAACAGCAUGAUUUUGUGUCUCUCCUCCCCGUUUGUAAACUGAAACUCGACUAAUUGAACCUUUCCACCUUCUUCUCCUUCUACUAAUGCGUGUGCAUUGCGUUUUGUGUGCGUAUUUAUGUGUGAAAUUAAGAUUCUCCUCCUGAACAGUGAGGAAUCCUUAUCCUCUUCGUAUAUUGUUUUGUAUGCCUCUCUAUCUAACCACGACGUACUCCCCAAUUUAAUGCAGAUACUUUCUUUCGGUUCUCUAUUAUUCACCGUGGUAGCUUAGGAUUAAAGUUUGUAGCGUUACAGUUGCGGUGACACUCUACAGUUUAAAUUACUGAUUGAUAU